UAUUCGUCGCAAAACAAAAAUAAUACCUCGUCAUUUUUCUCAAUUAGAACCAUUUUUUUUAUUUUGAUUCGUCGUAAAACAGGCAUAAAACCUCGCCAUUUUUUUGUUAACUAGAAACAAACUUUAUUUUUACUCGUCGCAAAACAGGCAUACACCCUCAUCGUUUUUCUUGUAAACUCAAUUCUUUAUUGAUCAUAAAACAAGAAUAAAACCCCAUCGUUUGAUCAUAAAACAGGCAUAAAACUCCUCCUUUUUUCUUAGCAACUAGACACAAAUUUUACGUUUUUAUUCGUCACAAAACAGGCAUAAAACCUCGCUAUUUUUCUCGUCAACUAGCAACAAUUUUUUUAUUUUCAUUCGUCGCAAAACGGGCAUAAAACCUUGACGUUUUCCUCGUCUAAACUCUUUAUUGAUCAUAAAAACACGCAUAUACCCCGCCAUUUGAUCAUAAAACAGACAUAAACCCCUAGAUUUUUCUUAGCACUAGACACAAAUUUGAUCUUUUUAUUCGUCGUGAAACGGGCAUAAAACCUCGCCGAUUUCCUCGACAACUAGAUACAAAUACAAAUUUUAUCUUAUCUUAUCACAUUUUGACAUGAUCUCAACCGAGAAAAAUCUGACACCGGUUAAGACACGAGCAAAUAAUGACACGCGAAGAAGAAGACAAUGGAGGCCCCACCGACCAGAUGCUCUCCACCGAAAACCCCCCCGACAAGAUGGAGGAUAAGUACCACAUGGCAAUUGUUUUGUUUUACUCUCUUGGGGUGGCUUCCGUCAUUCCCACCCACUUUUUUCCCACUGCCACCGACUACUGGAUGUAUAAAUUUCGGGACCCGGACUUUCACGGUAAUUACACGGAACAGAACAGGACCGGAAUGCAAGCCGAAUUCGUCGCCGACUAUUCCAUAGUGUCCAAUGUGAGCAAUGUGUGUUUUUUGGUCGUCACUAUUAUUUUUUUGAAGAGAUUAAGUCUAGUGAAACGGAUUAUGGGGGCGCUGUGUGGCGCUCUAGUUAUGUUUGCGAUCACCUGUGUGUUUGUACAGGUUGAUACGGACGAGUGGCAGCGCGGUUUUUUCAUCGCAACUUUAGUGAUCGGCUUCCUCCUGACAGGUUUUUGCGCCGUCUUCAUGGUGUCACUUUUCCAACUCGUGACCCGCUUCCCGCCGGUUUAUCUCGCCGCCAUGCUUUCGGGCCACUCACUCUGUGGUAUUUUCGCUGCGCUCGUUCAAAUUUUCUCGCUAAGUAUCGGCGCUAGCUCAAAAACCAGCGGUUUAACCUAUUUUUCCAUCGGAAUGUUUUUCAUUUUCCUGACACUAACCGGUUUCAUCGCAACUUUGAAUAAAUCACAAUUUUUUAAUUACCACAUUACGAAAGAAGUCGAAACGGUUAAACCGAAAAUGACGAAAAAUUUGUUUUUAUCGGUUUUGAACAAGGUUAAGUAUUAUUUGGGUUCCAUGAUAAUUGUCUUGGGGUGCACGAUUAUGCUACAUCCGGGGUUGUUAUCACUCGUCGUCUCGGUUGGUAAAGGAAACGGGAAGAAAUGGAACGAUGUGUUUUUUGUACCAGUCAUCACGUUUCUACUACAUUUUUCAUUCGACUACAUGGGCAGGGAAGUCGCAGGAUAUUGGAAAAAACCCAAAAGUGGUCUAAUAAUUUUCAUAGCAAGCCUCCUCCGAGCGUGUUUUGUUCCAAUGUUUAUGCUAUGUAAUGCCCAACCCCGAAGCCACCUACCGGUCAUUUUCGACCAAGAUUAUGCCUACAUAAUUUUUGUUAUUAUUUUCGCUUUCACGAAUGGAUAUCUAGUCAACUUGUGCGUCAUCCACAUACCACUUGCCACUGAAGAGGAGGAAAAGCCUUUAGCCAUGAUUUUAAUUAUUAUAUUCAUGAUAGUCAGCCUUGGCGCUUGCUCGUUUAUAAGCUCGGCUCUUGUAAAAUCGCUUUAACAAUUUUUUCUACUACUGUGAUUAAAAAUGUACUUUUUUAAAUAAAUUUUAAGAGUAAGUAAAAAAA